AUGGCGCUCUACCUGCUCUUCGAGUCCGCGUCGGGGUACGCGCUCUUCCACGCCUCCGGCAUCCGCAAGAUCGGGCAAACCGUGGACGCCGUCCGCCCCACCCUGCUGGACCUCAAGCGGUUCAGCAAGGCCGUCAAGCUCGCCAGGUUCACCCCCUUCCUGUCCGCCGCCGACGCCACCAACCAGUGCAACGCCAUCGCUGAAGGGAUCACGACCGACGAGUUGGUAAACUUCCUGGUUCUCAACCUGCCCAAGGUCAAGGAGUGGAAGAAGGGCAAGUUCACCGUCGGCGUUGCCCAGCCCAAGGUCGGGUCCCGCAUCACCGAGGCCACCGGAAUCCCUUGCCAGUCCGAUGACUAUAUCCAGGAACUGCUUGGCGCGGUGCGGCUGCACUUCGGUCCGUUGUUUGACCAACUCAAGCCAUAUGACGUGGAGAACUAUAGCAGGGCAAGUGCGGAUAACAUGGUGACUCAAACUCUCAUUCUGUUGGAUACACUUGAUAAGGGUAUCAAUUUCUUCACCAUGAGAGUGAGGGAGUGGUAUGGAUGGCAUUUUCCUGAGCUGGUCAAAAUCGUGAAUGACAACUACCUUUAUGCUAAGCUUGCCAACUUUGUAGUAAACAAAUCUGAUUUGUCAGAGAAAGACAUUCCAGCUUUAGCAGAUCUGAUUGGAGAUGAGGACAAGGCAAAAGAAAUUGUUGAAGCAGCAAAGGAAUCUAUGGGCCAGGACCUUUCACCAGUUGAUUUGAUCACUGUCCAACAGUUUGCUCAAAGGGUCAUGAAUCUAUCUGAGUACCGUAAAAAUAUCUAUGAGUAUCUGGUGACAAAGAUGAAUGAUAUUGCACCAAAUCUGACGUCAUUGAUUGGCGAAAUGGUUGGAGCCCAGUUAAUUUCUCAUGCUGGCAGUCUUUCGAAUCUUGCAAAAUUACCUUCCUCCACUCUCCAGAUACUAGGUGCUGAGAAGGCGCUGAGAAGAGCUCUUAGAACAGGUGGAAACACACCGAAGUAUGGCCACAUAUUCCACUCAUCUUUCAUUGGCCGUGCAUCGACGAAGAACAAGGGAAGAAUGGCAAGAUACCUGGCAAGCAAAUGCUCAAUGGCUUCACGCAUUGACUGUUAUUCAGAUAUGAGUAGCUCCAUUUUCGGUGAGAAGAUGCGGGAACAAGUCGAGGAGAGAUUAGACUUUUGUGAAAAGGAUGUUGCAUCAUGCAAGAACCUUGAUGUAAUGAACGCUGCGAUUGAGGGUAUGACCAACACAGUCUCAGAGGAGGAUAAGGAGAAGGAGAACGGUGGGAAAAAGGAGUCUAAUUCUGAGGCUGAUGAUGAUGCUAUGCAUCUUGAUAAGCCUGCUAUGCAGUCGACGUUGUGCACCCGAUUGGCCAUCGUCGAACUGUAG